UGGUGUCGGAGAAGCCUGUCCUGCAGGAUAAGUCUCACGGGAUGGCGGUCACCCUUGAGAAGGUCAAGGCGUGGCAAGAGAUUGCUGCAGCCUUCAGCCUGAAUUACCCGGCCGAUCCCAAGUCGGAGAAACAACUUAAGCGAGAAUGGGAAUACACGAAGAUGAGGGCAAAGAAGAACCACAGCCACCGUGUGCGGCACAUGUUUGCAACUGGUGGAGGGAAAGCCAUGCCUUCACCACCUAAAGAAGACCAGCUGAUCAUGUCAACCCUCUCGCGGGAGCUGGAACCUGCGACCCAGCAGUGUGACACCCUGGAUCCAAACAUUGUGGUCGUGGAUGCCUCUGAAGUUGGUAAGUUCCAGUAUUUAUAUAUAUAGUACU